AUGGCUGGGAGCUGUCCAACGCCGUUCCUUAGGCGGUAUUUUUUUGUUCUCGCAAACGGUGGAUUAUCCCAAAAGAAAAAGAACAGCGAGUUAAAUAAAAUUCAACAACUAUAUGCUUUGGCCAAUAUCUUGAUAAUCCAAACCAAACCAAACAGUAUGGAACUUGUUAGAUUUAGGUGGGUUAGAUUUAGACUCACACAGCUCUGCUGGUUUUCCCUCGUUGACCCCGUCAUCUUUCUCUUGUCUUUAUCUAAUGAAAGAUUCCUUCAAAUUUUCCGUGAAUUGUCCGACGUUUUGGCAGAAAGAUUUAUCGGAUCUGAAGGUUGCGCUCCCAAACGGAGAGGAGGUCUUCUUUCUAGUCAAAAUUUGGGACCGAGUUGGCCAUGGGAUACAAAGUUCGGCCGGUGGUUGUAUAGUUGGAAAGGCGAGGAUUUCGGCCCGGUUCUGAGGACGUGCUCGGUGUUAAAGAGGUCGGCCCGACCUCGAGGUCGGGCUCGUUGA